GAGCUGUCCAGUUAGGCUGCGCAGACCGACUCCAGGAGUCAGGACAACAACAAAUCUCCGGUUGGACACUGUUCGACAACCGAAACACAAGCGGGGAUGUCGGAGCCUGCAGAUCGUAGAUGUUCCGUCUCGUCCGUCUCUCUGAUUGAGAUCAAGACUGAGACGCAUCGAAUCCUCCAGGCUUUUCUUGAACGAACCAUCUCCACCCCCCACAAAGACAGGCCUGGCAGGAUAGCAGGAGCCUAUGAUGAUCAUAACAGGCACAGCUUGUCGCCACAGUCUAAACGAAAAGACAGAGCAGACGCUCAAACGGAAAAAGAAGAAGACAAGAAGACUGGAAUCAAGGACCUGAUGAGGAGGUCCAUUAGCCGUGGGAAAGGCUCACUGGGCCGGAGCAGCAAGUCCAAACAGUCCCAACCAGCAGAAGACACCGUCUCAGCCUCCUCAUCUUCAGAUGAAGAGGAAGUCGAAAAAAUGAGGAAGCAAAAACAAGCAAUCAAAAGAAAGAUUGCUUCGUUUUUCAGAAUGAAAUUAAAGGAGAGAAAAGAGAAGGAGAAAGAACAAAACGAGUCUCAUCCUCAGAGACAGAGUGACUUGGCAUCUGGAAAGAAAGCGGCAGCAGCAAACAAGCCCGUCGCUCUUGUUCAAGAAACAGACCAGCCUCUGGAGUUUUAUGAUGAAAUAGCUCAGAAGCUGGAAGACAUCAUCAAACAGUCCAAGCCAAGUCCGAAACUGAAGCGACCGCCAGUGUGUGAUAAAGAAGUCGUGGCUCAGCAGCUGGUGAGGCUGCUGAGUUCAGAAGGAGAUGCCAUGAACACUAAGAUCCAGCAGGAUCCAGAGCUGCGCUCCAAACUGGCUCGUCUUUCAUACAGAUCGUUCGAGCAUAUUCUAGACAUCUUCGGCAGGAGUCAGGUGGCUGAGGCCCCCCCACUGAAACCGUCGACCAGUCCAACCCUACAGCGAAUAGCCAUCUCCAUGGAGGUGUCACGGCGCAUGGUGACAGCCACAGGAACGCAGCGGAUAGAGGGCUUCGCAGAGCGCUACAUGGACAACUUUGUCCCCUGGGUCAAAAGUCAUGGAGGAUGGGGAAAGGUGCUGGAUAUAGAAAAGACUGAGGAGUGGGACUGAUGUCCUGAAUGUGUGUUUAUCGUGAACCAAGGCUCAAAUGGAUGAUGUCAUCUAACAGGGUCCGAGGAGCUGACCAGCAGAGUUUAAUCUGACCAGACACAUUACAAAGACCUGGUCUCUUUGUGUUCCUGCUGCACCAGAGUGCUUCCAGUUUGUGUUUUACAUUUAACCACUAAACCAGGGACCAGCUUAUUUUCACUGCUGCUACUAGCCUUGGUUUUCAAGGACCUGCUGUACUUGAAACUAAAACUAAGUAGCUAAAUCUUUUUUGUUGUGGAAAAACAAAGAACAAAAACCAAACUAACUACUUGUAUGUUACCUCUUGGAUUAUGAAAUCCCACAGUGAAACAUGAGAUGUUUUACUGCAGUUUUUACUGUAAACAGCAGAGCUACGGGAGAAGCUACUUUACUAAGUUAUAUUUUAAACUCACAAAGCUCAUGGAAGAAAUGCUAAAGAUUAUGGGGUGCCAUUUCUAAAGUUACACACAAAAAUUUACAACAUCAAUUUAUUUUUGAAAGUCAUAUUUUCACAAUUUCAACAUUUGUUUAUAAAUGAUAAAUAUUUAAUUAGCCAACUAAAUAUUUAGUUGAAAGCUAAACAUCUAGUUAGCUAGCUACAUAUUUAGCUAAAUAUUCAGUUAGAAAACAAAAUAUUUUGCUCAGGAUAAAUAUUUGAAAUAUUUAGUUUAAAGCUAAAUAUUUAACUCAGAGCUAAAUAUUUAGCUAAUACGCACAUUUUUUCUCAUUUUGUUUCUUGUAUGACAGGUUACAUAAGCCAAAUUAUUCAUUUUUAACUGUGUAGCUUUACAAAUGGCGCCACAUGCAAGACGCUGACUUUAGUGUGUGCCAAAAAAAAAGAACAAGUAUGAUAAAAAAAAUACCACUUUCAUUGUAUUUCAGUAUUUAAGCACAAAUUUAGAACAAAAUUGAUAAGACGAUCUAAUGUCUUUUUUCUUUAACAGAACAGUAACACUUAUUUCUUAUAGUGCUAACAAGCAUACCUUGUUUCAGUUGCACUAAUGUAAUUUUUAACAUUGAUCAGUUAUUGAUCAGUUAUUGGUCAUUUAGCAUUUAGUCGUAGAUUUCAAGUGAUUAUUUUCCAGAAUAUUUUUCCUCUUGUCUGUUUAGCUCUUUAUAGAGGAACACAAACAUUACAGCUCAUAAUAAGUGAGCAGUCAGUCAGGCCUGAGGGGGCGGAAGGGUUGCUUUACUUUUCAAACAGCUGAAGAAAAAAACCUGCAGCAGCAGUAAAAGUACUGUAGAGGGGAAAGUUUAGUGGUUUUCAAACAGUAAGAUUUAAUGUACUAUAACCCUGGAGUCCUGGAGACGGUGAAAAUCAGCUAGCAUUUACAGUAUGGGUUAAAAUAUAGCCACAGACUCCUCAGUGUGAGUGAGCAGAUGAGUUAAAAAGCUUCUCUUUUAUUGUACAUAUGUUUAUGUUAAACAACAUUAUUAAUCUUGUGAUGUUCAUAUUCUAAGUGUCAGCUGCUACUGUCAGUACUGUAAUAUGAUCACUACUUUAUUAUCAACAUUUUUGUGUGUGCUUGUUUUUUUAUAAUAAGAAAAAACAAAACUAACCAUUUCAUAAUGCAACAAUAUUCAGCGUUAUUGGAUCAGGAAUUUGUGGAACAUGUUUACUGUAAAGAUGUUUUUUCUAAUAAAUCUGUUCAUUAAGAGUUCUUUUAGUCAUAAUCGAGGGGGAAAUGUCUUUUACUGUCAAAUAUAAUCAUGUUGGUACAUGAGACAAAAGGUAAACUAUAGUUGUCUAUGGUUUUGUUUACAUAAUGUUUUAUAAUAAUGUAUGGUAAAUAAUGUGAAUAGGUGUUUAUUUUCCUGUAGUGUUUGCUGCGUUCAGCACUGAGCCUGCUGUGUUCAGGUUAAACAGCAGCAGGACGCUGCAGCGCCUCUCAGUAACACAACCUACAUUCUGGAAUGCACUAAAGUGAAGAAGGGAAGCUGUGAUGUUUGUUGAAUUAUCAUUGUGGGUUUUUUUUUAUUGCAGUUUACCUUAGUCAUAUUAGGCAGCGUAGAAAAUGUUUUAUGUACUUAUUUAUUGCCAGUGAAACUGCUGAUGUGGAGGAUCAUGUACUGUAGAUAAUGUCCAACCUCUGUAACUGACUAAAUGCUGAACUCUUAUCUGUCUUUUAUUAAAC